AUGCUUGGCGCCGCAGAGACCGGAGCAUCUGCUCGUCGACAGUUGCUGACGUGCCGCCGCUCCUUGAAGACCUGGGUUCGGACUCAGGACAUCCGACGAUUCGGCGCAGUGGCUGAGGCACCUGCGCUGGAGGCCGGAUCCGCACUGGCCCAGUGGGGGGAGUCGCAAGACUUGCAGACGCAGGCUGAGUCGGCCGGAAACGUGACGGAGGACGAGUUCUGGCGCCUGGUUGACGACUCCAAGGUCUCUGAGGUUAUCAUUUCUUCUUGGAGCGAGAAGCAGCUCCUCGCUCGAGUGGAAGGAGAGUUGGUGGCCGUUGUGGAAGAGGGCGAGGUUGAAGAUCUCCGAAACGAGCUGCUUGUCCGUGGCAUUCCUGUGCGAUAUCCGGCUGGAGAGGAGCUGAGUGACGAGGAUGCGCUGGCGCGAGCUGAGCUGAGCUCCGAAGGUCCCGUUGCCGGCGGCCUUCUUUCGGCCUUGGCCCUCGGCAUUGCGGACAGCUUAGUGGAGAUCAGCGCUUCCGUUGCGGUUCCUGCGUUGGAGGUGGAAGGCCAGUCCUUGAUGGAGGCAAAGCCAGCCGAUGCGGUGGUCGCGGAAGAUCUCGGCUUGUUGAACAAGGAUCUUCGCAUCCUUGAGCGUGCGGUGGAAGGUGUGGAGCGCUCAGUGGAGGCUGACUUCCAGGCUGCUGAAAGCCUCGCUUCCCAAGAGGCCAACCAAGCCACUGGAUUCUUCGGGACGUGGCUGACGUCAGUGGAGAAGUGGGGCCAGGACGUGUGGACUGGUCUUUGGGCCAACCAUGCACCUGGCACGGGUGGUUUGAUCGAGGACAGCUUCAUGGGCCUUUUGUCGGCAGUUUCCCUCUUCUCACUUUUCCAGAUGGCCUUCCUCAAGAGGAAGUCGAAUUCCUUCAGCCUCUCGUCGUGGAGCUUUGCAGCCCAACGCGGGCAAGACACGUGUGAGUACUUGAGGACCGGUGCCAUGCAGAUUGGCGUGGUUCUCUAUGCGAUCGUCGAGGAGCGAUGCCUCCGAGAGUCGCCAGGGGUGCUCUGGGCCAUCUCCACGUGGAUCAUUUUCAUGGUAAACAACAUCACCAUGUGGCCGUUGCUCAAGUAUUUCCGCGGGCCUGAGGUGCAGCGCGUGCUGUUUAAGCUCGCAUAUUCCUUCAUCAUCUCUUUCCAAGGUGAUGCCAUACUGGUUCUGGAGCGUGAAGCAUGCAGGUCGAUGCUGCGCGGCAUCUUCAAGCUCCUUCGCUUACCGCUCGGGCAGCAUGAUGCCAAGGACGAUCGAGCCUGGCUCUUCCCCGUGACGUCGAAAUCUCAAGAUGAGGAUCAGGAACUCCUAGGGACAAUGCCAGAUCGAGUCGUUGGCUUGUGCAGUCGAGCAAACGCAGAAGCUCUUGAUUUGAAACUCUUCUGGAAGGGACAGGGACAGCUCAAGUGCGUGUGCCUGCUCAUGACGAAGGAGGGCAAGUACGUGCGACAUGUUUGGGAAGGUGAUAGCCGCUUCGAGGGCAUCCAGUACACAGCACACCAGCCGAGAAGCUUGCAGGCUUCCGAAAUUGGUCGUGACGACGAGGAGGACUUUCUGCACCUGGGCACAGUUGCCGGGGACAGCAUGUCCUUGCAUCUGGGCCGGCUCCCAGAGAACGUCUUUGCAUGCAUUUUUGCAUUAGUGGGAACAGAUGACGGCCUGGCUUUUGCAUCGGAUGAUGUGCUGCAGCAGUUCCAGGAACUGACAAUGGCCCUCCAUCCAGCCCGAAGCCAGGAGGUGAUCUUCACGUAUCGCCAGGGAGCUCUGCGAAAAGAAUGCAACAUCCUCACGAGCCUUUGCCUCUACCGCGGGCCCCAUCACACGUGGCGGCUGGAGCCCAUGCAGCUGCAUUUGUUCUCUAUGCGAGCGAACAAGGCGGAUCUGGAUCCAGCUUCGGCGGCUGAGGAGGUUGCCCACUUCGUGGCCAGCAAGGUACGGUGGCUGAUGAAGGACCGCUGCUGGAAAGUUGCCAGUGACGAACGAGGUCUGCACUUGCCCGGCAACAACUUCUGUUGA